AUGAAACUCAUGAUUGAUUUAGAGGCGAAUGUGAGGCAAUUUAUUUGGCCAAGAGUAGGUAAAUAUUUAGAGAAGUUUCAGGCUUUACAGCCAAAAAAAUCACUCUCAAGUAUCCCAUAUGAUACACUCGAAUACAGAAGCAUUUCUUCGAAUGAAAGUUUAGUUACAUGUUACGAAAGCUUCAGAAAUACAAUGGAAAAUGGAGUUAAAAAUGGAAAUAAUCCGGGGAUUCCAAACCGUUCGCCGAAUGAAAUAGUCAUAGUAAGUGAUGAACUUGUGAGCAUCAUCAGCACCACAAAUGACACAAAUAGUUAUAAGGACAUUGAUUUUUCUUGCAUUUCUAGCCUUGAAUUCCCAUCUUCUGAAAUUAAACCUUCCAGACACAUUUCUAAAGAAGGAUCUGAAUGCUCUGCUCCGUUAUUUAAUGAUGAACUCGCAGGAUUGAUUGAGGAUAUGAUACUGGUUCUUGAAGACCCUUACAGAUCAGUAGACCAACUUCCAGAUAUCAAAGAGUUAGAGAUAAAUCUGGACUAUCAUGAGGUGACAAGGGCCCUCAGUAUAGUUUAG